CAGCGCUAUGGAUGACCAGUUUCUUGCGGCGAGAUAACCAUGCGGCUGUUCCGUAAAUUUCGACUGAAAAACAACAAAUCUUGUUUUUAUUCAAUAAUAUUUCUUGCCACGCUGAGUGCUGGGAUUUUGAUUAUUCUGAGUUAUAAUAAUGGAGAGGAAAAGCUGCAACAUCGUCGUCCAGGUCUAUUUGCAGCUGAUUAUGAGAAUCAAGACGACAGACACCCAGAUCAUAACUUAUUUAUGUUGAACCAACAACACGAUAUGCUGAAUGGCUGGAAAAUUCCCGAUUUUCAUGGGUCUAAUUUCUUCAAACACGACUCUGAUAAGCUAUGGUUGCAGGACAUGUUUGCCGGAAAAAAAAAUUUCUCGAAACAGUGCACUACAGAAGUACAGAAUAUCACAUUCCUGAAAAUUCAUAAAACUGGUAGCUCUACUAUACAAAACAUACUGAUGCGAUUCGGCAGUCGCAAUAACUUGAAGUUUGUACUACCACCACGUGGACAUCACCUUGGGUAUCCAAAUUAUUUUCAGAAGGCAUACAUGGUUGAAUCAAGUGACGGUCUCUAUAACAUUUUCUGUCACCAUGCACGGUUCAAUAACGAGGUCAUCACGAACCUGAUGCCAGGUAAUACAAUUUAUAUGACGAUACUUCGGGAUCCUGCAUCAGUAUUUGAAAGUGCAUUCACCUAUUUCUUAAUGGGCAAAAAAUGUAAUUAUAACUUACCUGAUCGACAAGCGCUGGAAAUGUUUUUGAAUAACCCGAUGGCUUGUUACAGUCAGUUGAAACAUGCGACACAUGCACGUAACCCGCUGUUUUAUGAUUUUGGCUUGGAGACAAAAAAUUUUGAAGAUUCAAAUACGGUUGACUUAUCUAUUGAAAUAAUUGAUCGCAAGUUCCCAUUAGUUAUGAUUGCGGAAUAUUUUGAGGAAUCCGUCAUUUUACUGAAAGAUCUGCUCUGUUGGACGUGGGAAGAUAUGACUUACUUUAAACUGAACUCACGAAAUGAAGAGUCGAUAAACCAAAUAACAGAUGACAUGAGAAAAAAAAUAUAUGACUGGAAUAAAGCAGAUAAGAGACUCUACGACUAUUUUAAUUGGACCUUUUGGCGAAAAAUUGACGAGUAUGGCCAUGAGAGGAUGCACGAUGAUGUGCUGAGAUUACGAGAAUUGAAUGAAAAAUGGAAGAGUGUAUGCCUACAGUCGGAUCAAGUCACUAAGAAAGGACAAGGCAAUUUUAAGAUUUUUCAACCCCCGGGGGUGAAGAUUAACAACUUUCUACUUAAACCUGAAGCGGAGAGAAACAGUGUGUGUCAAAAUAUGGUGAUGCCCGAACCACAGUUCACAGAGAAGCUUCGUAUCAAGCAGUUUCCGAAUUUGGCUCAUAAGAUACGUCCAAACAAACAGCACAUUUAUCCUCAGAAUAAACCAAAAUUUUAA